GGGAGCACCGAGUGUAAGACAAGAGGCAGAGGAGGGCGGAGGAAGCAGUUUAAGACAGAGCAGGCAAUAAGGCUGAGCCUGCUUUACGAGGUACGCCGUACCAUCUUCCAUCCUUGGAGAUCUCUUCGUGGCUGCUCUCUAUCCCCUCAAGGCAUGUGGAGUUUUCAGGUCUUCCUGAUGCUGGUCACUGUAGCCAUCUGUCUCCAGUCAGCAAAAAAUGAAUUUCCCAAUCAGGCAAAGAUGAGGGCAGAAGAUCAUCAGCCUUUAUGGCGUUUUAAAAGAAGUUGGGUUAUCACUACCUUGGAGCUCAAAGAGGAAGACCCAGGACCAUUCCCCAAGCUUGCUGGAGAGCUAUUCAAUAACCUGAACUACAAUGAAUCCUUAAUAUAUACAAUCAGUGGACCUGGUGUGGAUGAGCAUCCAAUUGGUCUGUUUUCUCUAGAAGAUAACCGUAAUGGGAAAGUCUAUGUUCACUAUCCGAUUGAUCGAGAGCAAAUACAAUCUUUUGUGAUACGCUUUGAUGUUGCUGACAGUUCAACUCGGAAGAUUGUGGAUAGAUCUUUAUUUUUCACUAUCAAAGUUGGUGAUAUCAAUGAUAAUGCACCACAGUUUGCUGAGGAAGAAUUUAAUAUCACUGUCAAAAAUAACCACAAUCUGGAUAACCCUAUCUUUCAGGUAGUGGCAGUUGAUUUGGAUGAAGAGCAAUCUCCCAAUUCUGCAGUCUCCUAUUUCCUUGUUUCACAAGAGCCAUUGAUAAAAGGAAAUGGGUUUUACAUUGAUCACAGUGGUGGAGAAAUCCAUGUCUCAAGAUGUUUAGAUUAUGAGGUUGGCCAAUUGUUCAAAUUACUGAUUAGAGCAAAUGAUCAUGGAGAGCCACCAUUGUCAUCCACUGCUACCGUUAACAUAGCAAUCAAAGAUGGAAACAACCAUAUGCCUAAAUUUACUAAGGAAGAUUAUGAAAUACAGAUUUCUGAGGGCCAAAUACAACAGGAUGUGGUAAGGCUCCUAGUGCAAGAUCAUGAUUCUCCAUUCACACCUUCCUGGAGAGUAAAAUACAAAAUACUUCAUGGUAAUGAAGAAGAACACUUCAACAUUGUGACGGAUUCUGGGACCAAUCAAGGAAUUCUAAAUGUCAUCAAGCCUUUGGAUUAUGAAAACCUGCCAGAGAGAAAACUCAUUAUUGUAGUUGAAAAUGAAGAACCAUUUUCUUCAUGUGAAAAAGACCAACUUGGUUAUGGAACCAUGAUGGCCAGCACUGCAACUGUGAGUGUGGAGGUUAUCGAUACCAAUGACCCUCCUCAGUUCCAUCCUCCUAAUUUUAUCGUUCAAGAGGUUGACGGUGCCAAACCUGGGGCCCAAUUGGGAAGAUAUAAUGCUACUGACCCAGAUGGGAACACCAAGAACAUAAGGUUUAAACUGGUUCAUGACCCUGCCAAUUGGGUCACUGUGGAUGAACUCUCUGGGGUGGUUACUACAGUGAAACACGUGGAUCGGGAAUCCCCUUAUGUGAAUAACAGCUUUUACACGAUUAUUGUCAGUGCCAUUGAUGAUGGCAUCCCACCCCAGACAAGUACAGGAACCAUGAUGCUUUUUCUUUCUGAUGAGAAUGACAACACACCUACUCUUGUUAAACCUUCCAUGGAAGUUUGUAAGACCGAGCAGAAAGCACCUAUUCUUGUGGAAGCUGAGGAUAAGGACUUAGAUCCAUUCUCUGGUCCUUUUACAUUUGAAUUAGAUGAUACCUCUGGAAAUAUAAAAGAUACUUGGAAGCUAGGAAAAAAUUUUGGUUAUUCUGUGGAACUUCUAAUGUUAAGAAGUCUCCAAAAUGGUAAUUAUUUAGUGCCCUUCAUUAUCUUAGAUAAGCAAGGAUUUUUCAAGAAACAGAUACUGCAUGUGAGGCUGUGUUCCUGUCUCGAAGGAAUUACCUGUGUAUCUUCAGUGCCCUUUUUAGGACUUGGUGGGGGUGCCAUUAUCCUGAUAUGUGCAGCUUUCAUGUCAUUGGCAGUAGCUCUGCUUUUCCUGCUGUGGUUUUCUUUUGGAUCUGCAAACAAGAGGCAGCCAAUGUCCAUUUCUCACGAACAGGGCAAUCAGACCUUAAUCAAGUAUAAUGAAGAAAGUGAAAACACUUUGAUGCUGGUGAAGUCAAAUGCCAUGGGUCAAAUUUCACAACUUCUUGUAAACAAAGGGAAAGAAAUGUACUAUCCAAAUGAUGUAAGCAGCUUGUAUACUAAAAACCAACUGGAAAGGAUGGAAGAAAAAGUGGCAGAGAUACUAACUCAAAAGCUCUACGAUGUUAACACCCUGGAAGGUAACAUUACUUACCAGCCUCACGUUUCCAUGGAUGAGGGAGAAUGUGAAGCAGCUGAAUCCCUUAGCUCACUUACCUUGACAGAAAGUGACCUACCUGAAGAUUUUCUGGAUGAUUUGGGAUCAAAAGCAAUUGCUCUUGAAGAAAUAUAUUCCAAGUCAGUCUUUCUGAAAUAAUGCACAUAUUGGAAAAUUGGUAGUCAUACCUGAGGAGGCCUUACUAUAUUAAGGACAGUUUUAUUUCUUUAUUCAUUCUUGCCUGGACUUGUGUAAAAGUGAGUUAAUGAUGUGGAAGAUGCUGUGCGAUUCUUGGAACAGGAGUAAUAGGCAAGAGAGAAGGAAGAAUUUAUGUAUUUUCUCCAUGGGUAAUCAGAACAUGUUUUCUACAGAUAUGAAUUUUACUGAUUUGUAUAUCUCUUUGUUACAUUUUGUUUGUUUUAUAGCUGUAAGUAUGACUAGACAGAUCAAUAGGUCCCUACACGGUUUUGAAUAAGAUUUGU